UGGGCAGUUGGAAUGCAGGGCUCCUAAGAUUCCAUGACACCCCCACCUUCUAAUUCUGUUAUUGCAACUGCAGACGGUUGCCUGGCAUGCUGGCCACAAUCUACCUCACUCUUGUCAGAGUCUGAGCUACUGGCAGUGCUUUCAGCUCGAGUUCAGGCAUCUCGAACCUUGUUUUUGUGGUGAAGGAUCCUAAAGUGCUGUGGGGAGUGAUCACAUUUUUCACAACAUCCCUGGCUCCACUUCUUCUGCCACAAACGUCAGCAUGGUGGUAUCUGCCGACCCCUGGUCCAGUGAGAAAGCAGAGAUGAACAUUCUAGAAAUCAAUGAGAAAUUGCGCCCCCAGCUGGCAGAGAACAAACAACAGUUCAGAAACAUGAAACAGAAAUUUCUUGUAACUCAAGUGGCCGGCUUCCUGGCCAACCAGCAGAACAAAUACAAGUAUGAGGAGUGCAAAGACCUCAUAAAAUCUAUGCUGAGGGAAGAGCUGCAGUUCAAGGAGGAGAAGCUUGCAGAGCAGCUCAAGCAAGCUGAGGAGCUCAGGCAAUAUAAAGUCCUGGUUCACUCUCAGGAACAAGAGCUGACUCAGUUAAGGGAGAAGUUACGGGAAGGGAGAGAUGCCUCCCACUCACUGAAUCAGGAUCUCCAGGCUCUUCUCACUCCGGAUAAGCAUGACAACUCCCAGGGGCAGGACUUCCGAGAACAGCUGGCUGAGGGGUGUAGGCUGGCUCGGCACCUUGUCCACAAGCUCUGCCCAGAAAAUGACACAGAUGAGGAUGAAAAUGAUAAAGCCAAGGAGCUUGAUAAAGUACAGGAAUCACCUGCCCCCAGGGAGGAGCAGAAGGCUGAAGAAAAGGAAGUCCCUGAGGACUCACUGGAGGAAUGUGCCAUCACUUAUUCAAAUAGCCAUGGCCCUUCUGACUCCAACCCGCCUCACAAGAACAUCAAAAUCACAUCUGAGGAAGACAAAGUCAACUCAAUUCUGGUUGUAGACAGUAAAUCUUCUCAAGAUGAAUGGCAGGAUGCUCUAAACAUUCUUCCGGAGAAUCAAAAUGAUCAGGAGGAAGAGGAAGGGAAAGCACCAGUGCUCCCCAGGAAGCUGCAGGAGUCUGAAGAGAAGGAAGUCCUGCAGGACUCCCCGGAGGAAAGGGUUACGACUUCUUGUAGUGACCAUGAUGGGUCCCAAUCUUACCAACCUUGUGAAGGCACUUUCUUGGCACUAGUUGAACAGAAAGUUUGCUCUGCUCAGGAUGUAGCCAGCGAACACUCCAAUUCCAAAGGGGAAGAAACUCCACUUGGCUUCCCAGAGCUGGGUUUAGAGGCUUCCCUUGGAAUGAAGAACCCUCCCCAGCUGGAAGGUGAUGCUCUUGAAGGUUCAGCUGACAACACACAUGGGCAUCAAGUCAUUGGCCACAUUCACGCGUCAAGUGUCCUAAAACCAAAAAUGAUCAAAAGAAAACUGCCGUUCAGCAAGUGGAGACUGGCAUGCAGAUUCUCUGGCCUGCAAGCUUAGAGCAGGAAGAUACCAAAUACUGCUGGAAGGAUGAAAAGGAUGAAAGGAUGUCACAAAAAGUAGCUUUUCCGCUCGAUGAAAAAAACUACAACAGCAAAGCAAGUUCAAUUCCAAACACAACACUGCAGGGGUCCUUCACUGAGGAUUGAAUUUUAGACACAGAAUGCUCUUGAUAAUUGCAAACCACUAGACUGCUUUGUUUUGAGAAACCACAAUUCAUCCCAUUUCCACUUGAGAUGAAUACCCAAGGAGACCAAUUCCCAGAUGGACAAACAGCAUUGAGAGGCCUUAGCCCUGCUCCUCUCAAUUCCAUCCUGUAGAGAACAGGAGUCAGGAGCCGCUGGCAGGAGACAGCGUGUCACCCGGGACUCUGCCAGUGCAGAAUAUGAACAAUGCCAUAUUCUUGCUGAAAACACUUAGCCUGAGUUUCAUAGGAAGUAAUCAGCAGACAACUGCAGAAUGUAGAACACUGAGCAGGACAACUGACCCGUCUCCUUCACACAGUCCAUGUCACCACAAAUCACACAACAAAAAGAGAAGAGACAUUUUGGGUUCAAAAAGAUUGAAAAGAUAAUGUAGCUCACUUCUUUAGUCAUUGUGAACCCAAAGUGUCUCCUCUUCCUUUUGUUGUUGUCAUUGAUGGUGGUGACAUUGAUUUGUUUGUAGAGGACAGGUCAGCUGUCUGGCUCAAUUUUCUUCAUUCUGAAGUUUUCGGAAAGUUUCCUUAUGAUUAAAUUCACCCUAACCAUUUUGCCAGGAAGACUGCAAAGUCAAUGCUGUGAGUUUCCAACCUCAGCCCAUCUGCGGGCAGAGAAGUUCCAGUUUGUCCAUCACCAUUAUUGUGAUAUCAGGACUGGUUACCUGGUUAAGGAGGGGUCUAGGAGAUCUGUCCCUUGUAAAGACACCUGAUUUAUAAUUAAUUUGGAAAGUGGUUUGAAAAAGUACAAAUACCCUGUAUUCUAACAAUCUUCCUCUGAGCAUUUUAUCAUCAAUUAAUCACCCCUGGCUGUGUCAGUUAUUACAUUUAUGUUUGUACAUUGGAAAUUUCUAUCUCAGUCCUUACUAUGAACUUGUUUCUGCUGGCAUUCUGUUGUGAAAAAGAAUAUUCCCUGCCCAAAUUUUAACUUUCAUCCGAGAUUAAUUUUAGUCUAUUAAAGUUAAAAUGUUUAUGUUUUAAAUCUGUUUAAUUAAAUAUUCUUGCCUAUUA